UCCACCUGAGCUACAAAUCUUCUCAAUCAUAUCCGUCUCUGUCUCUUAGUCUGAAUAAUUUCACUAAUUAUAUCUAUUAUUAGCAUUAUUAUUAUUACUAUCUCUUUUCUCUUGUUGACGAUACCGGAGGACUAACUGGCUACGGGAUCAAAUCUAUUCACAGUAGUAACAGUCGUAACACACCUCACACUACAAACCACAUAUAAUUAAUCCCAGCACUACUCCCUUUGGAGUCAACCAAAGCUACGACAGUCGAGUGGCGGGACGAGCUACGCAGAAGUUUACCGAAGAUCAGGAACCUUUACCUUACAAUCAAGAAGCGAGCACAAAGAAAUCAAAUUGGUUUAUACUAGCUCGUAAAAACGAUAUUGGAUAUUGGAACACUUAAAUUCGUCACAUUUUCCGAUGGUGGGCUACCUUCGUAAAUGACUGUUGGGUUGUUAUGUUUGCUUUCCUACAGCUCAAAGCUGGCAUCAAGAUGCAGCUCUCUUGGCUCGCCUCAUUAAAGAGCAUAAAGGAGAUAUCGUCAUAUAUACCGGUGCUGGAAUCAGCACAUCUGCUAGUAUUCCUGAUUACAGGGGAACAAAUGGUUUAUGGACUAUGCAAACUAGUCGAGUAACCAAAAAUAAUUCAGUUCUUGAUUUCAAAAGAAAUGAUAAAGGAAGAUGUGAUCAGAUGACCAAAAAACAGGUAUAAUGCAGGAUUCCUGACCGCUCAUCUUUGUGGUAGGGUAAAAUAUCCAAUGGUAAAUCAUCCCUUAAGUCCUCAAAGUCAAGAAAAACUACCCCGUUGAAACUGAGACUUCCAGAAGCUACAACUGCGAAACCAACAUUCACUCAUAUGGCUAUCAAAGUUCUUGUGGAUGAAGGAUAUGUUCGACAUGUAGUUUCUCAAAAUGUUGACGGUUUACAUAUGCGAAGUGGUUUAAAACGUGAGAAACUCUCAGAACUGCAUGGCAAUUUAUUUAUUGAACAAUGUAUCGCUUGUUCACACAGUGUCUUCCGCAGCUUUGAUGUCGCUGAGACUACUUCCCGUUCACACCACUUUACUGGACGUAUAUGUCCUCGCUGCCGCAGUUUACACCCUUUCGAGAGUUCAAUCGCCAGUAAUGUACUACGACAAGCAGCGGAACAGUUUGCAACGUCAAAGUACAAAACAAAUGUUUCUAUUGAAAACUUAAUGUUAAGUUAUCGACAUGCUGCAAGAAAGUUAGCCAAGUCAUUUGAAAGUAUACGUCGUAAAGCGAUGCAGCAACGUUUAAAUGGUAUACAAAAUUCAUCUGUUGUAAGUAAUUCCGAAAUUCUUACAAAAGCACCUUUGUUAAGAGAUGUUGUUGUACAUUUUUUUGAACGUCAACCGGAAAUGGGACUGGCAGAAAUUUAUCGCAUUCAAUCAGCUAUAGAAGCUGUACAUGGUCGUAAAUCACUGAAAGAUGCUGUAACAUCCACUUCAAAAGACUGUAAACUACUGAAUCGUGGUUGCAAACGUCCCAAUGAUGAGUCAACAAAAUAUCUUAUAGGAUCUCCUUGGUUUAAAAGAAUGCGUCCUGCAAUGAAGACAGAAUGUGAAGGCAUUUCUAAAUCCACAGGUGCAAAUGAUACACCGUCUUUGUCCUCCGAUCCGUUGGAAACACCUGCUAAAUUGAUAAUUGUCAUUGGGUCAUCUCUGACUGUUUUACGAAAUUAUUCAUUUUUGUGGCCUUAUGGUCUUGGUCGAUGUGAUCAGAAGGGAUCGUGUAAGAAACUUCAAAGGAAACCAACACCUUCCAAUCAAGAAGCAGAAUCGACUCCAAGUUCUAAUCCUAUUGAAAAUUGUCGCUUAGUCAUUAUUAAUUUACAGCCUACUUGUAAAGAUGGAGUCGCUGACUUAGUUCUUCGUGUUCCUUGUGAUGAGUUAUUUCGCGCUGUUAUGUUAGACCACUUGGAAAUAGAUGUUCCUCAGUAUGAUUCCAAAACUGACCCUCUCUAUUCUAUCGCUGUUUCUUUAUCUCCGGAAGAGGAAUGUACCCGUACUCGUCCAGACAUUUCUUUUAAUUCUAUAUGAUGUCUAAUUUUUAAAACAAAGUUUUAUUUUGAUAUAUCUCACUUUAUAAUGUGCUCACAAGAUUUCUGGUUUUGAUUGUACAUUUCUAAAAUCCUCUUUAUAUUUGCAGUGUAUACUUCAUUUAUACGAAGCGGCGUUCAACAUCUCUGUAAAUGAUAAAUUGCAUUUAUAAUAGUAGC